CGCAGGAUGUUCGAGACCUUCUCCUUCUUGCCGCCGCUCUCCGACGCCGAAAUCUCCAAGCAAGUGCAAUACUUGUUGAACAACGGCUGGACCCCGUGCAUCGAGUUCGAAGACUCCGCGCACGCGUACACCGACGGCCACGGCUGGGCGAACAUGGACACCUCCAUCAACGCCGGUUACUACGACAACCGUUACUGGGUUAUGUGGAAGCUCCCCAUGUACGGCUGCCAAAACCCGGAUGAAGUCAUUGCGGAAAUCAACACCUGCAUCAAGUGCUUCCCGGAAUGCUACGUCCGCGUCGCUGGCUUCGACAACAUCAAGCAAGUGCAAUGCUCCGCGUUCUUGGCUCACCGCCCGGCGUCCGAAGCUGCGUGCGCCGUUGACCAGCGCCAAGUCCAAGGGUAA